UCGUGCAGUACACAUUGCAAAAAAAAAUCAAUGAAUUGUACGACUGACUACAACACCAUUAUACGUGAAGUAAGGGCGAAAUGUCAGGACUUAAUCGGCAAUUGUUCCUGGAACAACGAACCGUUCGAAUGCUGUCAACAAUUUUUACCGUUAGCAACAGAAAGUGGCGUAUGCUUUACUAUAAAUUCUUUACACACGGCUAAACUUAAAGAGGAAAAGCUGAACAUGAUAUCCAGCCGGCGACUCGGGCCAGGGCGACUAGAGUUCUCGGCAUUUGAAUCUAUAAAACUAUUCGUUCACUCGCCAGAAGAUCUGCCCUAUGUCAAUCAUCCACCGGAAGAAAAAUUCAUACUCAGUUGGGGCGCGUCGUUUACUUUAGAGUACCAGGUUCUAGAAAUUGAGAACGAUCCCAUUCUGAAAGACGUGGAAAUACAACAAAGGAACUGCCGGUUUCCAGAUGAAAACAAUCUAAAAGUUUAUAACGUUUACAGCAAUUCAGCUUGUAUUGUAAACUGCAGAGCAGAAGCCCAAUAUCAAAUGUGUAACUGUACUCCGCACUAUUUAAGAAUCCAAAAAUUUAGAGCACUGAAAACCUAUGGAUUCAAUAAACAAGGACUUGUUUGCAACUGUGUAUCUAGCUGUACGGAACAAGAAAUCAAAGUCUUAACAGCUAACUCGGAAAUUUUAAGAGAUGAUCAGAGAUUCGAAGACGAUAAUUACAUAUCGAAAAUUGUGAUUACAAUGGAUAGGCUUCCAAACCAAAGGCUAAAGAGAAAAGUGGUCCGAUCUCGUAUGGAUCUAAUCGUUUCAACUGGAAGUACGUUAGCAUUAUUUUUGGGAGUGAGUCUGUUGAGCAUCGUAGAAAUAGUUUACUAUUUUAUUAUCUGGACUGACGCCAAGCCGAAUAUCAGAAUCAAAAACCAACGCCGUCCGAUUAGGAAUAUCAACAAACUGCCAUUUUUGCAUUAA